CUCUCUUCUCCUUCUUCUAUCUGGAGAUGUUGAGCUUAAUCCUGGUCCAGUAAUUGAUGAGCAACCUAAUAUUUUUGUGUUGCUUGAUCUGCUGGAGCCACUUAAAAACUGGCAGUUGUUUGGUCGUCAUUUGCCUGGAGUGACACAACAAAUUAUUGACAUGAUUCAACAGUCUGAAAGGAGCCCAAAGUAUCAAAAGGUAGUUCUCAUUAAAAAAUGGUUUGAAGAAAAUCCUAAGGCAACAUGGAAGGAUGUGCUUGCUGCUUUAAAAAGAAGAAAAGAGAUUCAAGUCAUUCAAGAUAUUGAAAAACACCUGUCAAGUACAUGUAUUUGUGACCAUUUGGAGCCAAAGGACUUUCGUGGUCAAAUUGCUCCUAAGGAAAUGUUACGUUUAUAUUCAGACAAACUUACUGCUGCUAUUGCUGAUAACCUUCACACAAUUAGCAGUGCACUAUAUGCUAAUCAGCUAAUGUCAUUGAACGUUAAAUCUCGUAUGUCAUCAUUAACUGGAAAUUCCGAUUAUGAAAAGGCCAGCUACUUAGUGACUACAUUACUGAGACAAUUGGAAGCAUCUUUACAUCCUCAAAGGGAUUUGAUUAGUAUUUGCCAUAUAUUAAUAAAACAAAAGCAUCAAGCACUUAAAGAUAUUGCUGCAUCUAUUUUGGAUCAAUUAGGUCAGCCAUAUCAUGCAGUCAUUAGUUCAGAUCCACCUGAUGAUGUACAAGAGUACAUAAAGAGUCUCAAAAAAAGGUAUCUAAAUCAGUCCAUUAUUGCUAGUGACUGGCCACCAAGAGUAGGAAAUGAUUUUUUUGGCAGACUAACACUUGUAAGGGAAAAUGAGUUAACUUCACAAGCAGAACAUGAAAGAUAUUCAUGGU